CCACGCCCCCGGGAACGAUGGCGGCGCCGAGCUGGGCCGUGGCCGCCGCCCGGCUGGCAGCUCGGCCUUGGCGGCUGGCGGUGAGGCGGUGCAGCGGUGCCCCGUCGGCCGAAGCGCGGGAUGCCGGCAGCCUCACGCAGCAGACGGAGAAGCGGCCGGGCAGCGGUACGGCGGCCACCAGCCAGCGGCAGGUUGCUUCAGGAAAAUCUGAAUCCUUUGCAUCCAUGUUGAGACGCUCUCCUUUAAUUCAGAUGGGACCUGCCAAAGAUAAAAUUGUCAUUGGUCAAAUAUUCCAUAUCGUAGAAGAUGAUCUGUAUAUAGAUUUUGGUGGCAAGUUUCACUGUGUGUGCAAAAGACCAGAAGUAGAUGGAAAAAAAUACCAGAGAGGAACCCGUGUACGCCUGAAACUGCUGGACCUUGAACUCACAUCCAGGUUCUUGGGUGCAACAACUGAUACAACAUUGCUGGAUGCUGAUGCAGUGCUUCUAGGCCUGGUGGACAAGCAAACAAAGCAAAAGGAGUGAAUUUCAUGUAAAUAAACGCACUUUGUGCUCUAUAGCAAAUUACACAAAUGAAAUAUUUCCUCAGGAAAUAAAUGAAAAGUUUCUGUCUGCUUGGUUAUGGAAAUAAUGAGAUGAAUAAAAGACAAUAAGCACAUCAUACCU